GAGAGGCUCGAACUCUCGACCUCAGGAUUACUCAGAGAAGCUAUGAGACCUACGCGCUAGCCAACUGCGCCACCACCCCAGACAUCUGUUUUUUCUCCUUCAAUAUAUAUCAACAAACAAAUACAAUUUCGAAAACAACUCACCUCGGGUUCCUGUACAUAUAUACAGAGAGAACAAAGCGACUCAUUGACUCCAAAGGAUUCGCUAUCCUCCAAUCAAGCUGUUAACUUUGGAAGCUGAGACAGGCUGGACCUUGUGUAGGAUGCGCACUAGCAACAGGAUCUCCUGACUGAGAAGACUGCAUACUAUAGAUGGCAGCACAGGUGGCCUUCCCAUCAAGUUCUAGGCUGCUGGUCAAUGGAAAUUUCUCAGAGCAGCUCUUUGUGUCUAAAAGCUCAGCUAUGUUCAUAUGCAGAGGAUUUUGCUUUGGACAUUAUAGAGUAUCCGGCUUGCCAUCAUCAACUAGUUCGAAGCUCAAUACUCCGUACUUAAAGAAACCGGAGAGAAGACCAGACAUGCACAGUUGCAAGAGGAAUUUUUCAGUUGCUUCUCUUGUUGAUGCUGAUGGGGCAAUAACUUCUGAAUUGGUUCCUUCCAUUGAUCAAAUGCUUCUAAUGACUAGUAUAUUUCUAACAUAUCUGGCUGGUGUAAUACCUUCAAAUAUUAGAGAAAAGGUUCAAAGUAAAAACAUGGACACUGAUAGGACUUCCUUUUCUGGUAGUGCUAGGAGGAACAACAAUUGCAAUAAUACAAAAUUUGCCUGGGAUAUAGUGAAAGGAAAACUCCUAAGUUCUCUUUCUUCUACAAAAGAAGAAUUGGACUUUGGUGCUACACCUAUUGAAUCUGAACAAAACUAUGGAAGACAGCCUUCAAACUUAUGUGCUCUUGCCCAGGGUUCAAGGUUGAGGUUACUUUGGGCAUCUUUUCAGUUACUCAAGAAAGAGGUCGAUUAUAUUUCUGAGGAUGCUGCUAGCUUAAGCAAGGAAAGUUUCUUGACCAUUUAUAAUGAGGUCAUUAAGAACUCGUGUCAGCCUUUAUGUGUAACUUGGCUGGAAGAGGAACUGCUUCUGAAAAAUGACAAAACCAACAAGGAAUGUCUCUCUGUAGUGAUUGGUGAGUUGGAUGGACAUGGUAAUGUCCUGAUGAAUAUCAAAAAGUCAGGGAAGGAGGAUCUGUAUGCAGAACUGAUAUGUGUUCUUAGAUUUGGUUUUGUCAGGAAGGAUGGCCUUUAUGGUAACAACUUGUUUAUGGACCAUGGUGUCUCUAUACUGGAGGAUUUGGUGAUUAUGUUGGCAGAUGGGAUAGCAAGUAUGUAUUUGGGCCUUAUUUCUGUUGAUAGUAGUAUGUCAAAUGAAAUGAACAAACUUGAUUUGAGUUUGUGUACAAUGUCAACCCGAGCACUUCAGAAGUUGCGGAAUGAGAUUACUCUCAAUCAGUGGUUGCAUCAGAACAUGGAAACAGUUGUCUCCAUGUAUGAAGAUCGGUUUGACUUGUGCACGAUUCAAAGUCAACUUGUUGAGGUAUCUAGCAAGAACAAGGAUCAAACUAUUAAUUGGUGGAAGAAGCUUAGUGUAAUAAGUUCUAGACCUGUGUCACGUCAAUUGAAUGUUGUUGUGAUUGACCAAAUAUCUGUGCCUGUUAAGCGGACCAAGGAACUAAGGGCUUUGACUGGGUGGAGAUACUAUUACAGUCUUUUCCUUGAAUUGGCUGAUAUUGCAAUGCCGUUGGUGAGAAUUGUUAUCGCUAAGGUGAGUGAUGCAGUCUCAUUCUUUCUGGUUUCUCUGAUAGGGAGAUCAUUGGGGCUUAUUUACACUGGGAUAAGACAAUCCCUUCGGUGGAAGAACUAGGCACUGUGCAAUCUCUUUUUUUUGUGUUUGCAAUAAAUUUUUUCUGCAUUGUCUUAAACAUGUAUUGACAAAGUAGACUACUUUAACAUUGUCAAAUUCUUUUUAGGCCUAUUUAAAGCAUUUGAAGUUAGAUUUGUAGCUACGAUUCUUCAGUUUUCUUCUCAAUUGUUGAAACUAUUAGUUGAAGGAAAGUCCUAAAAGGUACUGGUCUACCUCUCA